GCCGGCUGGCGCGCGCUGGGCCGUUCGGCCCCCAGCGGCGUUCUCCGCUUGCUUCUCUCUUCAGUCCCCGCCUCCGGGCCUCCGCCUUGACGCUGCCCGGGCCGGAGCCGAGCGGAGGAUCCGGAGCCGGAGCCGUGGAGACGUGGGAAACAUGGAGGCUUGAGGCGGCGUGCGCCAUCCCAGCUGCUGCGUGACCGAGGCUCGUCGUGUCCCCGCUGUUACCCGACCGUCUGUCCGUGCGCUGAAAGCGGAUCUCCCCGCCGGCUGAGGCAGGUUGUUUUGUGGAAAUGAAGGUUUAAGGACAAGUUAUCCAACAGAUUAAAAGAUGGGAUCAAACAGUAGCAGAAUUGGUGAUCUUCCUAAAAAUGAGUACUUGAAAAAGUUAUCAGGCACAGAAUCUGUCUCUGAGAAUGAUCCGUUCUGGAAUCAGCUUCUGUCAUUUUCUUUCCCUGCACCAACAAGCAGUACUGAGUUGAAGCUCCUAGAGGAGGCAACCAUUUCAGUCUGCAGGUCUUUAGUUGAAAAUAAUCCUCGAACAGGAAACCUUGGUGCACUAAUUAAGGUCUUCCUUUCUAGAACCAAAGAACUAAAACUUUCAGCAGAAUGUCAGAACCACAUCUUCAUUUGGCAGACACACAACGCUUUGUUUAUUAUUUGCUGUUUGCUGAAAGUGUUCAUUUGUGAGAUGUCAGAGGAAGAGUUACAACUUCAUUUUACUUAUGAAGAAAAAUCUCCUGGCAGUUACAGUUCUGACUCAGAAGAUCUUUUGGAAGAAUUGCUCUGCUGUUUGAUGCAGUUAAUCACUGAUAUUCCACUCUUAGAUAUUACAUAUGAAAUAUCAGUAGAAGCUGUGUCAACAAUGAUGGUUUUCCUUUCUUGCCAACUCUUCCACAAGGAAGUUUUGCGACAGAGCAUCAGUCACAAGUAUUUGAUGCGAGGUCGAUGUCUUCCAUACACCAGCAAACUUGUGAAAACCUUAUUGUAUAACUUCAUCAGACAGGAAAAGCCACCUCCUCCAGGAACGCAUGUAUUGCCUCAGCAGUCCGAUGGGGGAGGACUGCUCUAUGGACUGGCAUCAGGAGUAGCAACUGGACUCUGGACUGUCUUCACACUGGGCGGCGUGGGCAGCAAAGUGGCCACUGCCUCAGAACUUUCUUCCCCUCUGGCCAACCAGAGUCUUCUGCUUCUGCUGGUGCUGGCCAACCUGACAGAUGCUGCAGAUGCGCCAAACCCCUACAGACAGGCCAUCAUGUCUUUUAAGAACACACAAGAUAGCAGUCCUUUUCCCUCGUCCAUUCCACAUGCUUUCCAGAUUAACUUCAACAGUUUGUAUAUGGCCCUGUGUGAACAGCAGACAUCCGACCAAGCUACUCUUCUUUUGUAUACGUUGCUGCAUCAGAACAGCAAUAUUAGGACAUACAUGUUGGCUCGCACAGAUAUGGAAAAUCUUGUUUUACCAAUUCUUGAGAUUCUGUAUCAUGUGGAAGAAAGAAAUUCGCACCAUGUGUAUAUGGCCCUUAUAAUAUUGUUGAUCCUUACAGAAGAUGAUGGGUUCAAUAGGUCCAUUCAUGAAGUGAUGUUAAAAAAUAUUACUUGGUAUUCAGAACGGGUUUUAACUGAAAUUUCACUGGGAAGUCUCCUGAUACUGGUUGUAAUAAGAACCAUUCAGUACAACAUGACAAGGACAAGAGACAAGUACCUUCACACAAACUGUCUGGCGGCUUUAGCGAAUAUGUCUGCGCAGUUUCGUUCCCUCCAUCAGUAUGCUGCCCAGAGGAUCGUCAGCUUGUUUUCCUUGCUGUCAAAAAAACACAACAAAGUUCUGGAACAAGCCACACAGUCCUUGAGAGGUUCGCUGAGUUCCAAUGAUGUUCCUCUACCAGAUUAUGCACAAGACCUAAAUGUCAUUGAAGAGGUGAUUCGAAUGAUGUUAGAGAUCAUCAACUCUUGCCUGACAAAUUCUCUUCAUCACAAUCCAAACUUGGUGUAUGCACUUCUUUACAAACGAGAUCUCUUUGAACAAUUUCGAACUCAUCCUUCAUUUCAGGAUAUCAUGCAAAAUAUUGAUCUGGUGAUCACCUUCUUUAGCUCAAGGUUGCUACAAGCUGGAGCUGAGCUGUCAGUGGAACGAGUCCUGGAAAUCAUCAAGCAAGGGGUUGUCGCGCUGCCCAAGGACAGGCUGAAGCUCACAUUUCAGUUCAUCAUAGCAAAGGGAGAAGUCAGAUUUGUAUGCCAGAAGCACAGAAAUUGCUCAAAGUUGAAUAUGGCUCAAAACAAGAAAACAUAAUACAAGAGGGAUGGAAAACAAAUAAAAUUUAAAAAUAUUUACUGUUCAAUCACUGAUUGUCCUGUGCAAACAAACAUGAGAACUGUGUUUGUACUGAAGUAUGUUUUCAACUCCGCAUCGCAGUCGCUGCCUUCUCCAGUCUCCUCCACAUCACAGAAAAGUGCCAGAGUGCAUUUCCCAGAAUCCUCCUGUCUUGUAGUUCUGAGUUGAAGUCACCAAGGAGAGGCACACUUGCAUAAAUGGAAAGCAGAAGAGUUAUUGUUGUUCAGUCACUCAUUCGUGUCCGACUCCUGCGACCCCGUGGACUGCACCAUGCCAGGCAUCCCUGUCCCUCACCAUCUCCCAAAGUUCGCCCAAGUUCAUGUCCAUUGAAUCAGUGAUGCCAUCCAACCAUCUCAUCCUCUGCUCCCCUCGUCUCCUUUUGCUUUCAGUUUUCCUCCACAUCAUCUCUUCAUCAGGCAGAUGAGGAGGAGUCAUUAUUCUCCAGGGCAGCUCCUGCUUGGCUUCGUGCUGUGUAGGCAGUGAGGGUCAUCGAUGGCUCCCCACAGAUACUGAGGUUUGCCGCAGCUGCUUGCUGUGAGCUCUUGAGAACCACCUGUUCCAGUGCUGUAGACAGUCUUCUGUCACAGCAUCUCUGAUCUUGCCUUUCCAACAGUUGCAUAAAUCUGUUUUCCCUAUAAAAUCCUUUAUACUUAAAAUAUAAAGAGUAGCUUCUGUUCUCCCUACCAAACCUGUCAGAGAAAUAAAACCCCUGAUUGCAAACAGGAAGCAAUUUAAUAUAGGAAAUUUGGCAGUCAUUGAAAGGACCAGGGAAACCAACUUCACUGAAAGCCACUGCUGGCUUUCAGGAAAUCAGAAGUGGCAAGAAUGUCAUCACCAAUGGUCUGGCCUGCCUGCAGCAUCUUUGUGGGGAUCUGCAGGAAGAUUGCUAAAAACCACUGGCAAAACAUUUGCUGAAGCCCACAGCCUGCCCACCACUGUUAGCAGAGCAUCAGUGGCCUCUGUGUCUCUUCUACCUUCUGAAAUACAAGUUUGUCUCAUCGCCACAGUCUAACCCAAAACCCUUCUGGGGAGAUGCUGGGGGCUGUAGUUUCCAGGCUUUCACCAUGAAAGGGGAAGUGAGGUGCUUGAGUCACCAACAGUAUGGCAUACCAUCAAAAGAAACAAGAAGCAAAAUGAGAAGCUUCUUGAUGAGGACGGAGUUUUUAAAGGAUGUGUGCAAAAGACGGAAAGAAGGGUAUGUAUAGAGAACAAAUGUAAUGGAGUGGCAUGAGCUUAAAUAAAUGUUGUCAGAAGACUCGAAUUGGAAGGGGACUUUGACCCUUUGAGAGGAGAAAGCAACAGAAUAAGUUGUGGGCCUUCAGCCUAGGAACAGUGGACAAAAUUACAUAAUUGAUUGAUACCUUCUCCCAUUUUCAAAUUCCCGUUUAUCUCCUUCAUUGAGAAUAAUCUCAAACUGGAAAAGAAUAUAUCUUUUAAACAAAAUCAAAGCCCAAGGUAAGUAUAAGAAUGGAACAAGAGCUGCCAGCCUUUUUUCAUCUUAAGCCUCAGAUACAGUUUCUCACAAUGCUGGCAGAUACAGCCUGUGAGUAGAAUUUGAGAACUCAAGCUCCACAUUAAUACUAAUAGUGCUAUGAGACACUCUUCUAAGCACUUUAUAGCACCAUGAAUUAGUGCUGUUGUCCUGAUUCUAGGUGAGGCAGCUAAGCCUCAGAGAAGUUACUGUCCGGAGGCAAAACUGAGGUUCAAACCAAGGCAUUCUUUUUCCAGAGUCUGUUUCAUUCACCCUGUCCUGUACCUUACCUUCUUCCUUGCUGGUAAGACCACACUGCAAUUGUUAGGUUCCAUCUGAGCAUCUCAUCAGUAAAAUACACUGUGUUCACAAGCAUGUGAAGUUAUAGUAAAGACCCUGUUAAGUCACAUGAGGUUAGGAGGAGAGAGUAUGUGACUCGGAAAAGAAAGGAAAAUACAAGAACUGUGUUCAACUACUUUAAGGAUUAUACUCUAAAAGAGGAAUUAAGCUUUUUAUUUUAUACCACAGGGCAAUGAAUGGGUAGUGACUGAGUACAGACAGGUAUUAGUUCCACCUAAGGAAAUGUUUUCUGACGGGUCAAGUUCUUUAGUAGUCCAUAUGGAGCUUCUUAAAGUAGUGAAGUGUUGUAUUCACAAUAAAGUCUGGAUGGUAAAUGUGAAGAUUGAGCCAGAUGACAAAGGGGCUCAAAUCUAUAAGACAGGGGGAAGAUGGAAAGAGUUCUUGUUGAUAAAAAGUUGUACAGGAUGAUCCCAAAGAUUUCAGGCAGUUCUUUUUUUUUCUUUUUUUAAUACUUAUUUAUUUGGCUGAACCAAGUGUUAGUUGUGACAUGCAAGAUCUUUAGUGGCAGCAUGUGGGAUCUAGUUCCUUGACCAAGAAUCAAACACAGGACCCUGUACUGGGAGUGCAGAGUCUUAGCUGCGGGACCACCAGGAAAGUCCCUCUUGUAAUUCUUGUGCUGUGCUGCACUUAGUCACUCAGUCGUGUCUGACG